AUGGAGAAUCUCCCCGUGGAGCGGAACCCGGCGGACGGCCUCGUCGACGAGCUCAUCUUCGAGAUCCUCCGCCGCCUCCCCAUCCGCUCCCUGUGCCGAUGCAAGUGCGUCUGCCGGUCCUGGCGCCGACUCAUCGCCGACCACGGGCACCGGAAGAAGCUGCCGCAGACGCUAUCCGGCUUCUUCUACAGAAGCUACAGCCUCGACCGCUUCCCUUACUGGGCGUACCACUUCACCAACGUCGCCGGGAGAGGCGCUCCUCUCAUCUACCCGUCCUUCUCCUUCCUGCCGCCGUUCGCCGGUCUCACCGUCCUGGACUGCUGCAAUGGUCUCCUCCUCUGCCGCUGCUACGUGUCUCUUAAGCCUAUGAGGUUUAACUAUGCCGUGUGCAAUCCUGCGACCAAGGAAUGGGUGAUGUUGCCGGACUCCAGCGGCAGUGUUGGUGAGAUCGGCACUGCCAGCGUGUGUUUCGAUCCAGCCAUCUCUAUCACCAUCUCCUCGCAUUUCCAUGUGGUCGGGUACGUGGAGGAGGAUGAAGAUGAAUACGUCAGACAGGUGGGGAUCUAUUCAUCCAAAACUGGAUCAUGGAGUCUCCAUGAAAGUGGAUGGGAUGAUGAGGUUUAUUUUGUAACUUCAGUCGAUCGGAGGAGUGUUUUCCUUAAUGGUUUUCUGCACUCUGUCACGCCGGCUUAUAUUGCAGCGGUUGACAUGGACGCUAAGAAAUGGAGGAGAAUUCCUUUGCCGGAUGUUGAUGGUGAUACGGCCGUAAUUCAUCAAAGUCAAGGUCGCCUGUUUGCUUUUAUCGAUCUACUGGAGACCUUUAAACUGUCAGUUUGGGUUCUUGAGGACUACAAUACAGAUAAUUGGAUUUUAAAGCAUACCAUUAGCUCAUUGAGCCUGUUUGGAGGAAAGAAUUAUCGAUUAGAUGUAGACUAUCAAGUCAUUGCUGCUCAUCCAGAAUGCAAUUUGAUCUUCUUUGUUUAUGGAUCGAGCAAUAUCUUGAUGUCAUACCAAAUGGAUCUCAAAGUGCGUGUUAUACGAAUGCUCGGACAUGAUUUGUACUGCCCAUAUCUGCCAUAUGUUCCAUUAUUCUCUGGGCUGUUAACUAAUCGGCGCUAAUGGCUAACAUGAAGAGGUGCAGCUCCACUUCUGUUAUUGCAAAACCAUCUGUUCGCCCCUAAGGAGAACCAGGUUUGGAAUGGAGCAGUGAAUCUGAUCUCUAAUAAGAAUUAUGAAGUUCUGUUUUAUUGUAGUCGGACGAAGCCUCUUUCUUUGUGUUGUUCUCAAGAAUGUUGUUAAAUCAUAGUUGGUACGUGAGUUACCUUCUUAGAACGGGCCUUUUUGAAGGUAUGUUAUGUUUUUCUGAAGCUUAUGUCUUGUUUUAUUGUACUGGUGUGUAGUGGUGUUCACACUAUGUUAGUUAAGCUUGAUGUCAUGUGUAACAGUUCGGAGAACCAUGACUACUAUUUUGCAAGUUGGAACAUAUGUACUACUUUGUUUCUGUGUGGUGAUUAAUUGGAAAGCUGCUUCCCUGUACCUGUCGGGGCCUAGCCCCGGUCCGAACAAACAAAGUGCCAGCCUAAAGUUAAGGUUAUUUAUCAAAUUAUUUAAUUUAUCCCUAUA